CGGGGCAGGGGGCCGUAGGGCAGCCGGGGUAGGCUCGUCCCAUCCCUCCCCUGCUCCCGGAGCGUUCCCGGGCAGAGCUGCCACCCCCAGAGGGGUGAAAAAGGAGCAGCGGAAGGAUCCUAACCCGGUUCCACCUUAAGGGCCCGGUCGGGGUGUGGGACUCCGGCUGCCCCCCGGCUCCUCUCCCCGUUCCCCCCACAUCCCCCCCACCCCGCAGGGUUAUUUUUCCUUCCUUGGGUUUUUUUUGGCACCCUAGCCUCGGGUGCAGGAGGUGAUAAAUCAUCCCCUUGCCAGGACGUCCCGGUGAAGCCUUCUUCUCCGGGAACAGGGAGUCUCCUCCCAGCUGGAGACAACAAUGCUAAAAAAAAAGGGAAACAAAAAAUAGACAUAAACCCGUCACGAACAAAACUUUAAAAAAACCCAACAACCUCCUUUGCACUUCGCUGGAUAAGGAAAGUUCCUGACGGUUGGAACUGUCCUCGGCGACCCCGACCUUUAUUGUUCCGGGGGUGGAUAAAUAGCCGGGACUCACCGGGGGGCGAUGUGUGUGUCUGUGUGUAUAUACAUAUAUAUAUGUGUGUGUGUGUAUGUAUAGCAGCUCCAUUUGCACGGGGGCUUUGAGGGUAGGGACAGGUCACUCCCGGGUUUAGCGCUGUGGCUGUGGAUGCCACCAUGCCCUUGGACCAGCUGAAGUUCAAGGAGCUGGGUGAGGAGGAGCCCACCUGGGAGGAGGAGAGCCUGGACAGCCUGAAGGCUUUGACGGCCAAACUGAAGCUGCAGACCCGGAGACCUUCUUACCUAGAAUGGGAAGCCCGGGUGCAGGGACAGCCCUGGCGCAGCCGGACCCCCGGAGGGGCAGAUCAGGGCCCUGGGGACGAGUGGGAUGGUGGCAUCUGUGGCUUUGCCACCAUGGAGGCGGCUCUGGAGUGGCUAAGGACGGAGCUGUCCCAGGUGGGUUUGUGCCCCGACAGACCCGCUGGCCGGGUCAGUGGCUGUUCCUGUUCCAUCCCUGAUGCCCAUCUCCCCAAGCAGCAGGAGAUGCAGGCUGUGGACCAGCGCCUGGCACAGCAGCUGAUGGGCCUGCGGGCACGGCUGCACCGGCUGAAGGUGGAGCAGGCCUGUCACCAGCACAAGGAGAUGCUGGACGAUGCUACCUUCGGCCUCGAGGGCUGCGAGGAAGACUCUGACUUGCUCUGCAACAUCCCUCCCAAGGCUGCCUUCCUGCUCUCCGUGCCCCUCAAGCACAUCGGUGUCACCCGCAUGAACAUCAACUCCCGAAGGUUUUCCCUCUGCUGAAGGUGCUGGAACCUCUCUGCUCCCAGCCCGGGUGGGUGUGUUGGACCUGAUGGGGCUCUCAGGUCCCUCCCAAGAUGCCUCGGGGACUGUGGAGCUGCUGCAAGGGCUGAGAUACCUCAGGACAGGGGGUGCUGAGUUGUGGUGCAGUGCCACACCACGGUGACAUGGGAAAUGCCACUGUCCUGUUGGGCAUGGGGUGUUUUGGGGCACCCAGUACCUUGUCCCUAGGGAUGUCAGGGCCAACCACAGUGGAAAAUGUAAGGAACAGCACUUUGAGGUGGAA